CGUGUCUGUCAAGUUUGGUCGGAUAUGCAUUACUGUCCGGUGUUGUGGCUACUGUUUAUGAAGAACAUAACAGUCACAGUACAGAGAUCCCCAUGAGAGCUGCUAUGACUCCUGUGCUGCUGCUCCUAUUACUGCAAGGAUUUGUUCCCGGUAUAAACAGCUUUUCCCUUUGUGGAUGGCGUUUGCAGUAUUCCAAUGGAGCCACGUUACAGUAUCACGGUGGAAACGGGGAUGACACUGUGUCUGUAGAGAACCAUCGCAGUGGUAUAAUUGUAAGAGGCCCGUAUGUGCCCUCCACAAACAUCACCCUCCAAGACCUGCCAGGCAGUUACGUCUUCUGUGUCCACUGGAUCCCUGGUCUCAGAGUCUUCAAUCUGACACACGGAGUCCAGCAUUAUACCUGGAAGGUGAAGAACAAGCCACAUGACAACCAUACAUCCCACCAAAGCCCCCCACAAUACCUCUGUGAUAAAGAAACCCGUAUCAUCAACAUGACCCUGAACGGGGUGCCUACAGCCAGCUCCUGCCACUAUGACUUUCGCUUCCACGACUAUCAGAACAACACAAAGUUUGUGGAUCACGAGAUGUCAAUGGUCAGCCAAAUUCUGGACGGGAACGAAGUCUCUGUAAAUGGACACGUACUGCGGCGCUGGAUCAGAACGACUCUGUCACACGCCGGGUUUGAAGGCACGAGCCACCACUUUGCAAAGGGUUCUCUGCAGGCAGCCAUAUUCAAACUUGACUCCGUAGAUGUGCUUGCUUCCAUCCCAGAGGAGAUGGGCAUCUCUAUGUCUCUGCCAAAGCAGCUCUUUCAGGACACCAAGGGCCACCAUGUCGAAAGACUCCACGUGGUGAGAAUUCGGGGAAGCUCUCUGUUCCAGGACUCAUCCAAUAGCACAGUGAUCGCAGAACAUGUGAUUGGCGUCAGCAUUGAGAAUAGGAAAGUUUCCGGUCUCCUGGAAGAUAUCGUCUUCGUCUUUCCACAUCCGCCACUUCCGCAAAACUAUUCUCCUGUCUGCGUGUUCUGGAACGAGUUAACCACGACCUGGAGCACUGAUGGCUGCCGAACCUUCCCGCAGGAGAACCAUACUGAGUGCCAUUGCAACCAUCUCACCUACUUUGCUGUCCUUAUGCAAGUCUCCAAGCAGGUCAUAUCAGAGGUCCAUCUCGUGUCUUUAACGGCCCUGACAUUCGCUGGUUGCACCAUCUCCGCUAUCGCUGCACUCUUCACCAUCUGCUGGAGCUGCUGCAGCAGGAUGGUGCAGUCAAACCCCACACUGCAGAUCCACAUCCACCUGCUUGCAGCUAUAUUCCUACUGGAUGUGAGUUUCAUUUUGAGUGCGUUGGUUGGAGGACUGGACCUACCUAUUCUGUGCAAGAGCUCGGCCAUCUUCCUUCACACUGCACAGCUCUGCACCUUCACAUGGAUGGCCAUUGAGGGCUUCAACCUCUACCGACUGGUCGUCAAGGUGUUUAACAACUCACUCAUAAACACGGGCAAGCUGGCAAUCGUGGGCUGGGGAAUUCCUGUUUUAGUGAUAUUUAUCAUUUCUCUGAUCAAUUCUGAUUACUACGGCGCUCACAGUGUGGAUAUUGACAGGUCGUCUGCUAACUCCCAAGCAACAUUAUGUUGGCUCACUGAACCAGUUAUUCACAUUGUGCUAAACAUCGGUUUGUUUGCGAUAGUUCUUGUACUAAACUGUGGAAUGUUAAUCGCCAUGGCACGAUGUGUACUACGCUUGAUGCCACAUACACGUGGAGAGAAAGUCCAGCACUGUGUAACGCUGCUGGGACUGAGCUGCAUGGUGGGACUCCCAUGGGGAGUAGCCUUCUUCUCAUUUGGGUUCCUGUAUCUUCCGAUGCAAUACGUAUUCAGCAUCCUGAACUCCUUGCAAGGAUUUUUCAUCUUCCUUUGGUACUGGGCAUUAUCCCAACCGCGUGGAAAAGACUCAGUGCGCUCCUCCUCCUAUAGUAGUGCCACACCAGCCUCUCCCCGCACCGAGCAAAGCGUAACAUUGUCCGAUCACAAGAAGCUUCUAACAUGAGUGUCUGGCAAUGAAAAUGCCACCAACACAAGCACAGAAGUACAGAGCAUCAGCCAGACUAGCAGAACCUCUGUGAUCAUUCUUCUUUGGCCGUCACUCAUGUACCUCGCUGUUUAUUGGAAAGAAUCCAACAACUGAUUUUACUAAAGCACUUUAUUGAGAGAUUCAGCACUUUGACAAACUAUGAACCUUCAUUCCCCUUCUUUCCACUGCAGAACAUUCAUUCGUCUCCUGUCCAUAGUGUUCAUUCACCCUCUCUCCACUCCAGAAUGUUCAUUCAUCUUCUCUCCACUCCAAAUAUUAGAUUCACCCUCUUUCCACUCAUUCAUUUACUUUCUCCACACCAGGACAUUCAUUCAUCUCCUGUCCAUAGUAUUCUUUCACCCUCUCCACUCCUGAAUAUUAAUUCUUUCACCCUCUCCACUCCAGAACGUUGAUUCAUCUCCCCUUUGCCCCAGAACAUUAAAAUGACCCCAGCUAGCCGAGAUAAAGCUCAGAAAGCCUCACUUUGGUUCUCUUACUCCAACAGAGUCAUUACAUGAGAUUUGCUUUUACAAUGGUUUUACAUUGGCUUCACAAUGGCUGGUUGGUUUCUAUGGCAGAACACUUGCAAGGCAAACUGAGUAAGGAGCCGGUGGGGACUGCAGUGAAUUUACCAGAAAUCCAUUUAGUGUGAGUCAGACAUGAGGAAUGGUCUGUGAUGGUUACAGACACUAGUGAGACCCCCAAUCUGAGUGCCAGCUGUUCAAAGUGUGGUGGGGGAAGUAGGAACCCAUGCUGGUAUCAUGCAGGCUCUGCCGUGAGAACAUGAGAUUACAACCUGCGUUGGUUGUCCAGGUGGGAUAAUGUCUCAGUACAUAUGGACAAUGCAACGCCAAGGAGCCUAAAGGGAUAGCUGCCCAAUGCAGACACCAUGUCCUCUUCCUGCUGCAAUGUACUGUAUAAAGGAGUUCUAUUGUACGAUGUUAUAUAUUUAAUAUAGCCCAGGAGCACUCAAUAUACUGCAGAGCAGUUAGACACUGCUGGGAAAAAAAGAAAUGAUAUAUGUGAAUAUUGUAAGCAACAAAUAUAACCUCCGCGCUUUCUGCGGAGCAUACUAUAGCAUGACGGUUUAUAAAGAACCCAUGUAGGGAUGGUGUCACGUCACCGCAGCCUUUUCUGUCCCUUCUCUUUGCUAUAAAUAAAGAUAAAUGCCUAAAAGGA